AUAGAUAAGAGCAACACUUAACAGUCCCCAGCACCACUUCCCUGAAUUUAAAUAGUUUGUGAUCCCUACUGCGCUUAUUUGUCUGCUCGGACUCGGUCACAUAAAUUUAGUUGGAGUCGGACAGGACAGUACCAGUUCCACGACUGUCGGAGAAGUAAACCAGCAAUAGCUGAGGAAGAUGAGUGCAUCAGUCACAAUUGCUAAUGGGAUGCUUGUCAUCACCCAGGCCCCUCAGAAUAAUGGGCAGGCUGCAAAUACCACAACUACGGUACCUGUGCAAGUUGCCACGGGAACUAACUUUUGUUCAGUGCCACAGAAAUUACAAAAGUUUCUCAAAGGUGAACCAAAGGCUUUAGGGGUGGUUCAGAUCAUGAUUGGAGUGAUUAACAUUGGCUUUGGGAUUGUCCUGGUACUUCCUGGAUCACUUGCUGUAUUUUCGGGAAUUCCAUUUUGGGGAAGCAUAAUGUACAUUAUUUCUGGAAGUCUCUCUAUUUGUGCUGCCGAUAAGAUGCAACCUUGUCAAAUUAAAGGAGCCUUGGCUACGAAUAUCAUCAGCACAAUUUUCAGCGGCAUUGGAAUCAUCAUGUAUUCAAUGGAUUUAGGAAUUCAAAUCUGCUUUAAUAAAUGCUAUUACAAUUAUUCAUAUGAGGUUGCACAAGGAAUAAAGGGUGUCCUGUUGAUUUUUACUAUUCUCGAGUUCUGUGUGAGCUUGUGUACAUCAGUCUACUGCUGCAAAGCAACCUGUGGAAACCCAGACCAGCCUCUAAUUAUCAUCCAGCAGAAUGUCGACCCAUCAGGAAUUCCUGUACAGAUCCCACAGUAUAAUGUUCCACUGCAGACUACUCCUAUCACACAGCCAUAUGAUCAGCCUGCAAAUAUGCAAUACUACCCUCCUCCAUAUGCUAAGUAAAAGAGUGAUUCAGCUCUACAGCACAUGACAUUGACGACAAUGACUAUGGAAAGGGUUUUGCCAUCAAAAUGCAAGCCUCAGAUUUUUAUUUUUAUUAACCAACAUUUAACUCAAAUAUCUUUUAUUCUAUGUUGCUUUGCUUAAGAAAAGUACUGAUUUACUUUAUUUUAAUUGACACUCAGAGUCCUCAAGAAUCUCUAUUGAAGGGAAUAUUUGUGUUUUCUGUUAAGAGAUAUAUAAAGUGCAGUGAAUGUAUACAUUUAUUUUUUUACUGAUAUGGUGAUUUCCUAGAUACCAAGGAGAAUAACAUUCACUAUGAUGGGAUAAUUUGAGGUUUUUGCAAAUCUUUUAGUAUCAGAAGAGAUUAUUUUUUUGCCUGGAAUUGAUUUCAUUAAACGUUUCCUCAGUUUCCUGUAUUUGAUUAAUCUGAGGUAGAUUUAUUGUAGAUAUAAAUUAUGAUAGCCUUGCUACCCA